CACAAAACUCCCGAGAUCGCGGUUCAGAGCGGAUGUGUAUUAACACGCGCCGUGCGUUCCCUCGGUACCAAUCAUAAUACUUUACACAACCAACAACCCCCGACCCCGACAACAAAUUAAUAACUGUUUGGUUCCGGCGCAAAGGCAAAGCAGCGAAACCUUCUUGUGCUAUUAUCUUAACUUGUGUGGUGUUGUAAACGGUGUCUUCGCUGUGCCGUUCGUGGGUGUGUGAUUAUCGAAUCGUAAGAAAAUCAAAGGAAAAAGCGCCCCCCGUUCGCGAGGCACAACAGAGUGUGGAAAAGUGUGGAUUGGAAAACGAAGAUUUUCCAUCAUCGGCUGCAUCGUUUGCAUCGCUAGAAGUGUGAUGGUUGUGGUUCCUGUGUGCCUCUCCUGAGGGUUUAGAGUGAAAAAGAAAGGGCAGCCGAAUCAUUUUCGGACUGCAUCCGAUCAGAAAGCAGAAAAGAAAAGCAAAGCAAAGGACGUGCCCGCUGCGUCUGUCUGUGCGUGCGUGCUUGCGUGCUUGCGUGCUUGGGAGCAAAAUUUUCCACGGGAAAAACUCCACCACCAAAAACCGUUUUAUUUUUUCCGCAUUUGUGAUUUGUGACGCCCAGGGUUGUUGUUGCAACAAAAAGAAAAUCAAAAGAAAAAUCAAUACCAAGCGUCGUGUGCGUGUGCUACUGGUGCUAGUUGCUUGUGUUUGGUGGAGUGAGAAGCGUAAGCUCUUUUAAUCAACAACGACAGCAGCAACCACAACGACGACGACGGUGACGGUGACAACAGCUAUCAUCAUGCUCUACUGGGAUGGUUUAUGAUAAACCAACUCUCGGUCUCGGUCAACAGUAGCCGGAGGUGCGCGGUGUGAUGUCCACCGCAAAAUCCAGCGCAAAAGCAGAAAAGCAGUGUUCCGGUUCCGGCUACGGAUGUGUGGUGUAGUAGUAGUAGUGGAUGCCCGAAGGAAAGGAAGCGCGAAGAAGAAGUGCGUCGGCAGCGGUCGAUUUGCAAGCAUAAUGAUGUAUCUGAGCAGUAGUGUCAGUGAUAGUAGCAGCAGCAGUAGGAGGAAAAAGAUGAAAUCCUCACCGACGACAGUGAUGGUGGUGAGCGCAGCAGUGAUGGUGUUGGCCACGAUGAUGGCCACCACCGGGGUGACCGCCUCCCAGUGUACGUGGGAGUACGAAAAGUCGAGUGUCGUGUGCCGGUUACGUACGCUCGAGCGUACCGGGUUGGAUCUGCAGGGUGCCGAGGGUACGUCCCGGCUCGACAUCGAGUGCAGUGAGUUGAUACUGUUCGAGAGUCAGCUGCCCCGGAAUGCGUUCGCACGGUUGGCCGGGUUGAGCGAGUUGCGGCUCGAAUCGUGCAAGUUGCUCCAGCUGCCGGAGGCCGCAUUCGAGGGUCUCGUGGCGUUGAAGCGCCUAUCGGUCAACACACACAACUACGAGUGGGGUGCGGGCAAGGUGCUGGAACUGCAGCCCAGCUCGAUGCAGGGCCUGAAGGAGCUGCAAUCGCUCGAUCUGAGCGACAACAAUAUGCGUGCCCUGCCGGACGGCUUUCUGUGUCCGCUGACCGGGCUCAAGGUGCUGAAUCUCACCAACAACCGGUUCCGGGGUGCGGAAAGCCUCGGGCUGAUCGAGAAGACGUGUGCCGGCGGGUCGGAGCUGCAGUCACUGAAUCUCGGUUACAACGAGAUCCGGUCGCUGCCGGAAAACUGGGGCGUCUCGAAGUUACGCCGGCUGCAGCACCUCAAUCUGGAGUUCAACAACAUCUCCGAGGUGCACGGUGAGGCGCUGGCCGGGCUUAGCUCGCUCCGUACGCUCAACCUCAGCUACAACCACCUCGAGACGCUACCGAGCGGUAUGUUUGCCGGGUCGCGCGAUUUGCGCGAAAUUCAUCUGCAAGGGAACCAGAUCUACGAGCUUCCGCGCGGGCUGUUCCACCGGUUGGAGCAGCUGCUGGUGUUGGAUCUGUCCCGCAAUCAGCUGUCGUCGCAUCACGUCGAUAAUGGUACGUUCUCGGGGUUGAUCCGGUUGGUGGUGUUGAAUCUGGCGCACAACGCGCUGACCCGGAUCGAUGCACGGACGUUCAAGGAGCUGUACUUCCUGCAGAUACUGGAUCUGCGCAACAACUCGAUCGGUUACAUCGAGGACAACGCGUUCCUGCCGGUCUACAAUCUGCACACGCUCAAUCUGGCCGAGAACCGGCUCCACACGCUCGACGAUCGGCUGUUCAAUGGGUUGUUUGUGCUGUCGAAGCUGACGCUCAACAACAAUCUGAUCAGCAUCGUCGAACCGAACGUGUUCAAGAAUUGCUCCGAUCUGAAGGAGCUCGACCUAAGCUCGAACCAGCUGACCGAGGUACCGUACGCGAUCCGGGAUCUGUCGAUGCUCCGGGCACUCGAUCUCGGUGAGAAUCAGAUUUCGCGCAUCGAAAAUGGUACGUUCGCGAACCUCAACCAGCUGACCGGGUUGCGGAUGAUUGACAAUGCGAUCGAGAACAUUACGAUCGGUAUGUUUACCGAUUUGCCCCGGUUGUCGGUGUUGAACCUGGCCAAGAACCGCGUGCAGAACAUUGAGCGUGGUUCGUUCGAUAAGAACCUCGACAUUGAGGCGAUCCGGCUCGAUGGGAACUUUCUGACCGACAUCAACGGGAUCUUUGCGACGCUCUCGUCCCUGCUGUGGCUCAAUCUGGCCGAGAACCAUCUGGUGUGGUUCGAUUAUGCGUUCAUUCCGAGCAACCUCAAGUGGCUGGACAUCCACGGGAACUACAUCGAAUCGCUCGGUAACUACUACAAGCUGCAGGAGGAGAUUAAGGUAAAGACGCUCGAUGCUAGCCACAACCGGUUGACGGAUCUGGGGCCGAUGAAUGUACCGAACAGUGUGGAGCUACUGUUUGUCAAUGAUAAUCACAUCGGGACGAUCCAUGCCAACACGUUCAUCGAUAAGAUGAACCUGGCACGCGUUGAUCUGUACGCGAACUCGCUGAAGAAGUUGCAGCUGCACCAGCUACGGGUAGCACCGGCCACGGUAGAGAAACCACUGCCAGAGUUCUAUCUCGGUGGGAAUCCGUUCGAGUGCGACUGUUCGAUGGAGUGGAUGCAGCGCGUCAACAAUCUGACCACCCGGCAGCAUCCGAAGAUAAUGGAUCUACCGAACGUGGAGUGCAUUAUGCCGCAUGCCCGCGGGUCACCGAUCCGGCCGAUCGUGUCGUUGAAACCGAAGGAUUUCCUGUGCCGGUACGAGACGCACUGUUUCGCCCUCUGUCAGUGCUGUGACUUUGAUGCGUGCGAUUGUGAGAUGACGUGCCCGACGAACUGUACGUGUUACCAUGAUCUGACGUGGGGCACCAACGUGGUGGACUGUGGUGGUGGUGCAGCGGCCAUUCCACAGGGUGGACCGCAAGGUGGUGGCGGCGCAGGCCCACGGCCCGUCCCGAUGGAUGCGACCGAAGUGUAUCUCGAUGGAAAUGAGUUCCCGGAGCUGCAGAAUCAUGCGUUCAUCGGGCGGAAGAAUCUGAAGGUACUGUACGCCAAUGCGAGCCGCAUUGUGUCGAUACAGAACCGUACGUUUGCCGGGUUGACCGCACUGCAGGUGCUCCAUCUGGAGGAUAAUGCGAUCCAGCGGAUACAGGGGUACGAGUUCGAGAAUCUGGCCGUCCUGCGCGAGCUGUAUCUACAGAACAACGCACUUCAGAGCAUCGCCAACAACUCGUUUGCACCACUGUUCUCCCUUCAGGUGCUCCGGAUCGAUGGUAAUCGUUUGACGACCAUUCCGAUGUUACAGCUGCAGGCAAAUCAGCUGCAAAGUCUGCAAGCGCUUUCCCUCGGUCGCAAUCAGUGGAGCUGCCGGUGUCGGUUUCUGCAGGAGCUAACGACGUUCGUCGCCGAUAAUGCGGUCAUCGUGCAGGAUAUGCAGGAUGUGUACUGUGUCGAUGAUGGGGUGCACCGGGAGCUGGACUUUAAUGUGAGUGCCGCGUGUAGUGACUUUUAUGCGGGGCGUUCGGUACUGCCGGAUCGGUUAUCCGAUACCUACAUCUUCCUCCUCGCCCUCGCCCUUAUCGUGACGUGCCUGCUGCUGUUCGUGCUCCUGAUGUUCAUCUUCCGCGAACCGUUGCGGUUCUGGUUGUUCUCGCGCUACGGUGUCCGUGUGUUCGGUCCGAGGUGUGAAGAUUCCGAGAAGCUGUACGAUGCGAUCCUCGUUUACUCGGCGAAGGAUGCCGAGUUUGUGGCACGGCAGCUAGCGGCCGAGCUCGAGAAUGGACGGCCACCGUUGCGGUUGUGUUUGCAGCAUCGGGAUCUACCGGAGGAUGCAUCGCAUCUGCAGCUCCUAGAGGCAUCGCGGGCUUCACGCCGUAUCGUGAUGCUGUUGACGCGUAACUUCCUGCAGACCGAGUGGAGCCGGUGUGAGCUACGGCGUGCGAUCCAUGAUGCGUUACGGGGUCGUCCGUACAAGCUGGUCGUGGUCGAGGAAGGUGGUGUGCUGUUGGAAGCGGAAAACGAUGUCGAGCUGCUGCCGUACCUGAAGACGACGACGGUGACGCAGGUGAAGCGUGGUGAUCGACAUUUCUGGGAGAAGCUACGGUAUGCGCUACCGGUUGAGGCGCCCUACCGGGGCAACAACUAUACGAUCGACCAUCACGAGCGUAUUAAGCAGACGGGCGGUGCAACGGCGGGCGUUCUGUUCCGGCAGGCACCGCCCGCGUACUGUCCGGAGAUUGACGAAGCGAACUACUCGUCGGCGACGACGGCGACACCGAGCCCGCGACCGUCGCGUCGCGGUAUGGUCGAAAUACCACAUCGGCCACCGAGUGAGCAUAUCUACUCGAGCAUCGACUCCGAUUACAGUACGCUCGAGUGCGAGAAUAUGGUGCCCGGAGUGCAUCGACCAUCGUGGCGUCAGGGUUCGUCUGCAGCAGCAGCAGCAGCAGCAGCAGCCGCCGCUGCGGCCGCCCAGCAGCAACAGCAUCAGCAGCAGAGUCAUAUGGUACCGAAUGGAGCGGCAGGAGGUAUGGCAAUGGGUGUCGUUAGUAGUGGCGGUGGUGUUACGGGACCGAACGGAACGAUCCAUCCCCACGGUCACCACGUACAGGCGUAUCUAGUUUAAGAGAUGUUUCGGCGAGCAUCGUCGUCGUCGUCGUACACACACAGUUAGUCAAUGUGGGUCGAAUCUGUUCGGGGGUGUUUUGGGGGUGUUAGUAGUGACCGAGGUCUCGUCGUAUCCCUAGAUGCUCAUUCCGGCGACAGCGAAAGAAGCGAAAGAUAGGGAUAAGAACACACCGCAAAAAGGGCCACAGACAGUAGUAGUAGCAGCAGCAGCAGCAGCAGCAGCUAGAGAUACACACGCUCUCGCUCUCUAGUGUUUAGGAGGAGAGGUCCCGCGGAAGGCUGCUUCAUUCUGCCGGCGCUUGUUUCUGUAUAGCUUUAUCCCCGGGGUGGAGGGACACACAGCAACGCAUCGCACAGUCGUCGUCGUCGUCCUUCUACUUUCGCUGUGGUUGCUGUGUUGCGAGAGGGCUCGAGUCAUCUGUCACACAAAGUAUUAAUUGUAAAAAGCAGGAAACUAGGACAGAGAGACCGUAUCUGUCGCGUUGUUGCAUUGUGGGUCGUGGCCUGUACGCGCGAGCGUGUGUGUGUGUGUGUGUGUGUGGGUGUCGGUGUGAGAGUGUAUGUGCGUGCACAGGUCACUGGAAAGGGAGGACCACCCGAGAGGCCACACCACCACCGCGGGUCGUCGUCGCGUUCGUCGUGUGGCUAAACUAUUUGUGAUAUCAUAAUGAAUAAGUUUUAAUGUGUAAUGUCGUAUCGGAAGCUACUACUACUACUACUACUAUUACUAUUAUUGGAUUGGCGACAGGAGAAGAUCGGUUCCCCUUUCCUUACACAUGAUGGACACAAAGGACUUUCCCAAUUCCUUCAGCCCGCUAGCAACAGACCAACAACAAACACACACUAACGCAGAAGAGAGUAGUCAGCAGAAAAGGUUAGGUUUACUGUUAAGUAAUGCAAGUGAAAAACACACACGUACAACCGCGAAAGGAUGGAAAGCCAAUUGCAUUUUAAUUAUACGUUUGCUUUGAUCCAUGGCUUCGUGUAUUUUCCUGAUGCUACUACUUCGUCCUGUGUUUUCCCUCCUGUUUCGCGCAAGGAUAAUUAACACUAAAUGGAGCGCUUCAUACCAUAUUCACCGACAUAUCCUUUCCGUACAGCCCUGGAGGUUAACGCGAGGAAGAAGAAUCAGUGUGUCAUAUGUUGACGGUUUCCCGGGCCAUCCUUUUUCGGUCCGUCGAGCGCCAGGUGUGAUGGAUUCCUCUAUUAGUUCCGACGACAUGCGUGUGUCGCUGUGUGUGUGUGUAUGUGGUUGCUAGGAAACAGAUUGCGUGUUGCUGCCACGGAGUGUAAUUAUUAUUUAAAAUAUUUAUUUUACUUUCCUAUUUAAUCGAGCCAGCAACAUGCUCGUGUGCUGCUCGUGUCUCUGUGGCAGGAAAAAGCAGCAUAAAGAUGUCCCUUCGACCACCCUUCCCUUUCACUUACCACAACAUUGCAUUGCAAAACGCACACAGACGUGUAUGACAGAGGCUUAUAGUCUCUUGCAGCACACGCCAGGAACGAAGGAUUUCUCAUGAAGAAUUACCAUAGAACAAACAAACCAAUUCCUUCCCCAAAACCCCGACCACUCCUUCACAAAACACACUCUCAUACGCACACAAGAGGAUGACUGAGCCGCACGCACUCCCCUGGCACGUCUGGGGAGUGGAGCCGUUCGAGCGACCUUUGCCUAAAAACGAGUAAAGCUUACCAAGUUAAAGUUGAUAGAGAUGGAUAAAUGAAUUGAUAACGCGCUGCGAUAGCGAGCAAACGUGGGAGGAAGGAAUGAAAGUCAAAUGAAAUAUUGUAAAAAAUACACAACACACAGAACACUAAGAUAUAGGCAUACGGAAAGGUUGAAGUUUGUAAAUAGGAAGUUGGAAGUGGAAAGCGAAUGUAACAUAUGGAAAACAUGUAAAAAAUGAAGAAAACGCGCACUGAACGAUGGCGAUAUGCUAGGUAUCUCUCUAUCAGACUGACUAGUGUGUAGCGGAAGAGCAGCAGCAGCAGAGCAGAGCAGGGCAGAGGAAAGAAGAAAGCGAAUUCGAAAGAGGAAAAAGAAAACCCCGGUGAAAGAUGCGAAAUCCCCAACCCAUUAUUACCAAUAACCGCGCGUUAGUGCGCGCGAACGUAUAUGAAAAAGUUGACAAAUGAAGCAAAGUAAUAGACAAACAAAAAACCCAACUAACACACACACACGCUAUAGAGAGAAUGAGAGAGAACGAUAGAGAAAGAAUCAGGACGCGAAAGAGUUGCUAACGGAAUUAGGAAACCGAAUCUAGAGAGAAAAUAAAACAAUGUAUGUGAACGCAAACAAACUCCUAAAAACUUGAGCCAGCAGAGCGCAAAAGAAGCAAAGGGAUGGAGAAAGACAGAGGGAAAGAGAGAGAGAGAGAGAGUGCAACAUAUUGUUACAGCAAAACUUGUAAAUAUGGAAAGAGAAUGAAAAAUAAAACAAAACAAAUAACACAAGUUUUCGUCGUGCGUCGAGAAUUCAAUAGGGGAAAAACAAUUCAAUAGGGGAGCAUAAGAAAGAAAAUGAAGAAGGUUUGGUUUCCCCAGUGCAAUGGUGAAAGGGGAAAGAGGUGAAAGAGAACGCACUAACAAUGGAACAGUAAAUCGUAAAACUCGCAAAAAAAGCCGCCAGAAAACCUGAAAAUCCACCGGAACUCGCUCACCCCCCCCCCCCAUGCUAUGUGAAGAAAGGUGUAGUAUAGUAGU